AGAAGAAGAAGAAGAAGAAUCAAGGAAAAGGAGCAGUGAGGAAGGAAGAUAAUGGCGGGAGGAGGUGGAGGCGCGGCUCCGGCGCCCAAACAGGACGAGUUGCAGCCACAUCCCGUAAAGGAUCAGUUGCCCAAUGUUGCUUACUGCAUGACCAGCCCUCCUCCGUGGCCGGAGGCCAUCCUCCUUGGUUUCCAGCAUUACCUGGUCAUGCUAGGCACCACAGUUAUCAUUCCGACUGCUCUUGUUCCUCAGAUGGGAGGAGGAAAUGAUGAGAAAGCAAGAGUUAUCCAGACACUACUGUUUGUUGCUGGUUUGAACACACUGGCCCAGACAUUGUUUGGGACCCGAUUACCUGCUGUGAUUGGAGGGUCGUAUACCUUUGUGGCACCCACCAUAUCAAUAAUUUUGGCUGGUCGAUACAGUAAUAUUGUUGAUCCUCAUGAGAAAUUUGAGCGGAUUAUGCGUGGAAUCCAGGGGUCCCUUAUUGUUGCUUCGACUCUUCAGAUAGUCUUUGGAUUCAGUGGGCUUUGGCGUAAUGUCACAAGAUACUUAAGUCCUCUGUCAGCUGUUCCAUUGGUAGCUCUUGCUGGUUUUGGACUCUAUGAGCUUGGUUUUCCUGGUGUUGCUAAAUGUGUGGAAAUUGGACUGCCAGAGCUCAUCAUAUUAAUAAUCUUCUCACAGUACAUUCCCCAUGUUAUACGCAGUGAGAGGCAUGUUUUUGACCGGUUUGCAGUUAUCUUCUCUGUGGCGAUUGUGUGGGUUUAUGCCCACCUCCUUACUGUGGGUGGGGCCUAUAAGAAUGCGGCUCCAAGAACUCAAUUGACUUGCCGCACUGAUAGAUCUGGGCUUGUGAGUUCAGCUCCAUGGAUAAGACUUCCAUAUCCAUUCCAGUGGGGAGCACCUACAUUUGACGCAGGUGAAGCCUUUGCCAUGAUGAUGGCUUCAUUUGUUGCCCUUGUCGAGUCCACCGGUACCUUCAUUGCAAUUGCAAGGUAUGCUAGUGCAACUCCGGUGCCACCAUCUAUUCUCAGCCGUGGAAUUGGUUGGCAGGGAGUUGGGAUCUUGCUCUCUGGGUUAUUUGGAACUGUAAAUGGGUCCUCAGUAUCAGUCGAAAAUGCUGGAUUAUUAGCAUUGACCCGUGUUGGUAGCCGAAGGGUGGUUCAAAUAUCUGCUGGUUUCAUGUUAUUCUUUUCCGUUCUCGGAAAAUUUGGAGCAGUCUUUGCAUCUAUUCCUUCACCGAUUGUUGCAGCAUUGUAUUGCCUGUUCUUCGCCUACGUGGGUUCUGUUGGUCUGAGCUUCCUCCAGUUCUGCAAUCUCAACAGCUUCAGAACAAAGUUCAUACUAGGUUUCUCUGUUUUCAUGGGCUUGUCAGUGCCUCAAUAUUUCAAUGAGUACACGGCAAUUAAGGGUUAUGGUCCAGUUCACACUAGUGCAAGAUGGUUCAAUGACAUGGUCAACGUGCCCUUCUCCUCCGAAGCAUUUGUAGCUGGUAUCCUGGCACUAUACCUAGACAUAACGUUGCAUCGGAAGGACAGGGCAAUCAGGAGAGACAGGGGAAGGCACUGGUGGGAUAGGUUCCGGUCUUUCAAGACGGACACAAGGAGUGAGGAAUUCUAUUCCUUACCUUUUAACCUCAACAAGUUCUUCCCGUCCGUUUGAACGAUGGAAUCAAGAAGACAUGGUUCAAAAGCUGUGCGAUACUAGUCUUGUUUCUCUCAGUAUCUUCAAGUGAAGCAGCCUGCAAUGCAUUUGUUUUUUUUUUUUUUCCUUUAAAUUUAUUCCUCAAUCAAAUAGACAGUAGUGAUAUAAAUGUAUCCAGGAAGCAACAAAUUUUCUUUUUUCUA